GGCUCCAAUUAUUUUAUCCCCAAAUCAUCUUCACUUUUCCCACUUUUCCCACUUUUUCUAUUCGAAUCCUCUUUUUAAGAUAUAAAUAAUCAUCGAUUCUUAUCUCCAUCACCAUCUUAUCUGAAUCAAUUUUGUCAAGAUUCUCCAUAAAUAUCGUUAUCUAACCAUAAAUCUCGUUAUCUAACCAUAAUUUUCUCCUUAUGACGGCGAUCAUGGCGGAGGAACUGUCAUCCGAGCAAGAAAAACUCAUCGACAAACUCAACCUCUUCAAAAUCAAAGGCAAGGACAAACGCGGCCGUAAAAUCCUUCGUAUUAUCGGAAAAUACUUUCCAGCCAGGAGUUUGAGUAUUGAUUUGUUGAACAAGUAUCUGGAAAAAAAGGUGUUCCCCAGGCUUGAGGAGAGGCCUUUUGCGAUCGUUUACAUCCACACCGAGGUUCGGAAAAGCGAUAAUUUCCCCGGGUUCUCUGUCCUCCGAUCUGUUUACGAUUCGAUUCCGAUCAACGUCAAACGGAAUCUGGAGGCCGUUUACUUCGUUCAUCCAGAUCUACAAUCGAGACUUUUUCUGGCCACCUUCGGCCGGUUCAUCUUCACCGGAGGGUUAUAUGGGAAGCUAAAGUACGUGAGUCGAUUAGAUUAUCUAUGGGAUCAAAUCAGGAGAAACGCGAUCGAGAUUCCGGAAUUUGUGCGUGAUCACGAUGAAGAUCUUGAGUACCGGCCGAUGAUGGAUUAUGGUUUGGAGAGUGACCAUCCCAGAGUGUAUGGUGCGCCCGCAGUUGAUUCCCCAGUGGCGAUGUACUCAAUGAGGUGUAUCUCGUAGGGAAUAUGGAAAUAUAACAAAACGACGCCGUCCAUGAAAAAUCUAAAGGCACUGAGCGUUUUCCCUUUGUUGAAACCGUAUUUCUUUUAUUUAUGGGUCUUUUAUGUGAAUAUUAGAAUGGCUUGGUGUGUGCUGGGAUGAGUUGUAUACUAUGCAUGAGUGAUUGUACCUCAUCUGGGAUUUACAAUGUGUUUUUUUAACCAUAGAUGUUCGGGUUAGCUCGAUUAAUCCUAGCGGCCUUUGAGGAUCAAGAUGGUCAGGAAAAUCCCUCGGUGGCCUUGUAAUGACUUGAACCG